GGUCAAGGGGAGGAGUUAGAUAUGGAAGUAGGAGCUACGUGUGCUUAACCAGAGCUUAUGCUAACUCAUACUGGAGCUUUGCUAACCAAACGUCGACUUGGUCCAAGCGAAAUAACAACAUGGUGUUGUUAGAAAACGACUCGUUUCUUACGGAGCUGACGCGGCUGUUUCAGAAAUGCAGAACCAGCGGCAGUGUGGUCCUCACUUUAAAGAAAUAUGAUGGAAGAACAAAACCUGUCCCGAGGAAAGGUUCGGAGUUUGAGCCAAACGACAACAAAUGCCUCCUCAGAGCGUCGGAUGGCAAGAAAAAGAUAAGCACAGUGGUCAGCUCCAAGGAGGUUAUCAAGUUUCAGAUGGCUUACUCCAAUUUGUUGCGAGCACACAUCGAUGGCCUGAAAAAGAAAGACAAGAAGAGCAAAAGCAAGAAGACCAAAGCCACGCAGUGAGGGAAGCUACAGACUGUUACAUCAAACGCUGGUGCACCCACCAGCGCCAUUUUGUUUUUCUUCAAGGGGAUCCAACCUCCACCUGCCUUGUCCCUCCCUCUGGAUUCAGCAUGUACCAACCCCCUCUUCCUUCUCAUGUGUUUGCAGUAAGAUCCUAGCACAGAUCCAUCCUGCCGACUGAAAAGGUCUGUGUGGAGGAUCGAUCCUCCUUCUAGCCAAGGCAGGCCUUUGGAAGGCAACGGGUGUCUGACUUUACAAACCCCUCUCCUCAUCAGUCUGUAGGCUUUGGAUGCACAAUAGAUGGACACCUUCCUCCAUUUUGUUUGGAGGCCUACUAGACCUUCAGAACUGUGGCACAUCUGAGCUUGCUCCUGGUAAAGCGGCUGUCUGUUGAUUUUCAGCAGUGGAGACAGUACCUGAUGUUCGGUGAGGGGAGAAGAGAUGAGAAAUCUAUAGCUACUACACAUUAAUUGGAGGAGAGGUGCCAUAAUCAUCUGGGGAGGGUUGGGUCGGUGGAUUUUCUUUUAUUGCAACAUCGAGUAUUUUCAAAAAAUGUUUUAAUUUAA